CUGCCAAAAUAAGAGUUUGCUGGCAAUAGUAUGAUGUGAACAAUUUACGUCCACUUACUGGGCUACACUGCGUCACUGGGGAAGGGCGGCGUAUGCGCACAAGCAGCGGCCGUGCGCGCAGAGAGGAGGCACUGUUGACAGCAGCGGAGCACCCCCCGUGACAAACACGCCGGACGCGCUUGUCUCCGCUCGGCUCGGAGGACGAACUGCGCAACAGAAAAAAAAAGGUAGGAAACGGCCGCUUCAUUUGGAAAUAUCGAAACAGGGAAGUUGGAGUGAGCUCGUCAUUCCGUGCGGGCUCAAAGUCAGUCAGUCAGUAAGUCAGUCAGCAUGUUCAGCUGGGUGAAGCAGGAGCAAGGUGGACGCAAUAAGGAAGGAGAGAUGUACCAGACGGUGACGGAGGGAUUACAGAGCCUCUACACCAAGAAGCUGCUGCCGCUGGAGGAGACCUACCUCUUCCAUGACUUCCACUCCCCGUCGCUGGAGGCCGCCGACUUCCAGAGCAAGCCCAUGGUGCUGCUGGUCGGCCAGUACUCCACCGGGAAGACCACCUUCAUCAGGUAUCUGCUCGAGCAGGAUUUCCCAGGGAUGAGGAUCGGUCCAGAGCCAACCACAGAUGGCUUCAUUGCCGUCAUGUACGGCGAGAACGAGGGCAUUAUCCCUGGCAACGCUUUGGUAGUCGACCCCAGAAAACCCUUCAGGAAACUCAACGCGUUCGGCAACUCCUUCCUCAACAGGUUUAUUUGCUCUCAGAUGCCCAACCAGGUUCUUCAGAGCAUCAGUAUCAUCGACACUCCUGGGAUCCUGUCGGGAGAGAAGCAGCGGAUCAGCAGAGGUUACGACUUUGCCGAGGUCCUGCGUUGGUUCGGCGAGCGGGUGGACCGGAUCGUCCUGCUGUUUGACGCUCAUAAACUGGACAUUUCCGAUGAGUUCUCCGAGGCAAUCAAAGCUUUGAAAGGACAAGAUGACAAGAUCCGAGUCGUCCUCAACAAGGCCGACCAGGUGGACACACAGCAGCUCAUGAGGGUGUACGGUGCCCUCAUGUGGUCGCUGGGGAAGGUGAUCAAUACUCCAGAGGUGGUGAGAGUUUAUCUGGGCUCCUUCUGGGCCAAGCCCCUGCAGAACACCGAGAACAGGCGUCUGUUUGAGGCAGAGUCCCAGGACCUCUUCAAGGACAUCCAGAGUCUUCCGAGGAACGCCGCUCUCCGUAAGCUCAAUGACCUCAUCAAGAGAGCUCGCCUGGCCAAGGUGCACGCCUACAUCAUCAGCUACCUGAAGAAGGAGAUGCCGUCUCUGUUUGGGCGGGAAAAGAAGAAGGAGGAGCUGAUCAUGAGGCUGCCGGAGAUCUACACCACCCUGCAGAAAGAGCACCACAUCAGCCCCGGGGACUUCCCCAACGUCACCAAGAUGCAGGACAUGCUGCAGCACUACGACUUCAGUAAGUUCCCGUCACUGAAGAUUAAACUGAUCGAGUCCGUGGACAAAAUGCUGGCCACAAAGAUUGCUGUUCUGAUGGCGAUGAUCCGGGAGGAGGAGUCCAAGCAGCCUACAGCUAUGGUGUCGGGCGGCGCAUUCGAAGGCUCCCAUGACGGGCCCUUCGGUCAGGGAUACGGCGAGGGCAUCAGCGCUGGGGCCGACGCUGAGGACUGGAUUGUGAGCCGUGACAAGCAUCGCUACGAUGAGAUCUUUUAUACACUGAUGCCCAUCAACGGCAAGAUCACCGGCGUCAACGCCAAGAAGGAGAUGAUGAACUCGCGGCUGCCCAACACCGUGCUGGGGAAGAUCUGGAAGCUAGCCGACUGCGACCGGGACGGCAUGCUGGACGACGAGGAGUUUGCCCUCGCCCAGCACCUCAUCAAGAUCAAGCUGGAGGGCUACGAACUGCCCACUGAGGUGCCCGACCACCUGGUGCCCCCGUCCCACCGCAAAAACCCUGUCGCAGACGCUCUGUACAACCACACUGAGGACUAGAGCGCUGACGGGGACAAAAAGACUGAGCUAGGAGGGGGUCCACAUGUUCACACUGGGAGGCGAACUCAUCAGCAGACUGGCUGCUGCAGAAGGUCAAAGGUUAAAGUUUAGGUGUGACACGGUGAGCAGCUUGUCACCGAGAUGAUCUCCGCUAAUCACACGGCCGCCAAAGGUCAAAAGAGACAAAGCUGUAGCAAAUUUCACAAGUUCUGCUUUAAUUAGGAUGCUUUUAUUGUGAAAGAGGGCGGUGUUUCAGAGAUGGUUUCCCAUAUUUAACCUUGUUCACCAGCUUCCUGUCUUCGCUGUCCUCGAUGUGUAGCCUCUGUGCUGAGUGUGAACUCUGCUGAGCAGCCGUGUCCUGCUGUAGGUUAACAUGCUGUCUGACCCAUCUCUUCCUCCCAGUCGCUAAUCCUCGCCCUUACUGUCGUUGACUCUGUUUUUUUGUGUGUAAACAUGCUUCUCUCAGUCAGACUGUGCAUUUAAUCAACAUUUAUCUGAAUGUAAAGGGUUUUAAUUUCUGUGAUUUUGUAUUCCUGGGUCAUUUAUCCUAGUUCGAGGAAGAACGCACUUUUGUUUCCUCCCACCCAGCUUAAACCCUUCUGUGAUUAAUCAGUGUUGAAUCUGUAAUUCAGUUCAUAUUUAUGAUCAGCAUAGAAUGUACCAUUUAUUAAACUGGAUCUACACACAUGAA